AUGAUCAAAGUUCACUGCCAGGAGUACGAUGAUUCACAUGCCCGGAUUAUGGUUUCGAAAAUCCUGCAAGAGGACGCUGAAAUCCCAGUCCCAAUUGAAGAGUGCAGAUAUGUUAGGGACGUAUACCAGAUGUUCCUUCCUUGGCCUAAACACUUAAUUUUAACAACCGAGGGUCCACUCGCUCAACCGCCCUCAAGACGUGAUGCGUCAAAGGGGAAAGCUCUGAUGCUUUCUCCACAAGGCCGUGGUGCACGGGAAGAUGACUUGUUCACGGAAGAGAAGAUGGCGUUGAUCCCUAAUUCGCUAAAAUGGAUGAUUCAUGAAUUCCUGAGGCUCAAAGAUAAACGUGAUAUAAUCACAAUUCAUGUCCCCUAA